AUGGCAGAACAGCCUCAUCCUUAUGACAGUAACUCCAGUGAUCCAGAGAAUUGGGAUCGGAAAUUGCAUAGUAGACCUCGUAAACUUUAUAAACAUUCAAGUACUCCCUCACGUGUUGCUAAAGGAGUUGUCAACCACACCAAAAUGAGUCUACAUGGUGCUAGUGGGGGUCACGAGAGAUCAAGAGAUAGACGAAGGUCAAGUGACAGAUCACGAGAUUCAUCUCACGAAAGAACAGAAUCUCAGCUCACUGCUUGCAUUAGAAAUGUUACUUCUCCAACAUGACAGCACCAUGUUGAACAUGAAAAAGAUCACAGUUCCUCUCGUCCUAGCAGUCCUCGUCCUCAAAAAGCAUCUCCAAAUGGCUCCAGUAGCAGUGCUGGAAACAGCAGCAGAAACAGUAGUCAGUCAAGUUCAGAUGGUAGCUGUAAGACACCUGGGGAAAUGGUGUUUGUGUAUGAAAAUGCAAAAGGAGGAACUCGGAAUGUAAGAACUUCAGAACGAGUGACACUAAUAGUGGGUAACACUAGAUUUGUUGUAGACCCAUUCAUUUUUACUGCACAGCCAAAUACAAUGUUGGGCAGGAUGUUUGGAUCUGGCAGAGAACAUAACUUUACACGUCCCAGUGAGAAGGGAGAGUAUGAGGUGGCAGAGGGGAUUGGCUCUACUGUGUUUCGAGCCAUUCUGGAUUACUGCAAAACAGGAAUAAUCCGUUGUCCUGAUGGCAUAUCUAUUCCUGAACUGAGAGAACCAUGUGACUAUCUUUGUAUCUCUUUUGAAUAUAGUACUAUUAAAUGUAGAGAUCUCAGUGCCCUAAUGCAUGAGUUAUCAAACGAUGGUGCUUGUAGACAGUUUGAAUUUUACCUGGAAGAAAUGAUCCUGCCUCUCAUGGUAGCUAGUGCCCAGAGUGGGGAGCGUGAAUGCCACAUAGUGGUGCUUACAGACAAUGAUGUGGUUGAUUGGGAUGAAGAGUAUCCACCACAGAUGGGAGCAGAAUAUUCACAAAUUAUCUAUAGCACAAAAUUAUAUAGAUUUUUCAAGUACAUUGAAAACAGAGAGGUGGCCAAAUCAGUUUUGAAGGAGCGGGGUCUUAAGAAGAUUAGACUGGAAAUAGAAGGUUAUCCUACCUACAAAGAAAAAGUAAAGAAAAGGCCCGGGGGCUGCCCAGAAGUGAUUUACAACUAUGUCCAAAGGCCCUUUAUUCGAAUGUCUUGGGAGAAGGAAGAAGGAAAGAGUCGGCAUGUAGACUUUCAGUGUGUAAAGAGUAAAUCUAUUACCAACCUUGCAGCCGCCGCUGCAGGCAUUCCCCAGGACCAGCUGGGAGGCAUGCACCCAACUCUGCAAGUGGAUGAGCUGGAUAUUCUCCCCAUCUACCCCCCUUCCGGCAACAACGACCUCGAUCCUGACGCACAGAAUCCGAUGCUGUGA